UUCCCGCUGCGGUCACGUGACCCGACAGCAUCGCUCCUCUCUGGCUACAAACAGCUGAGAGCGAGACAGUGUGCAGGAGGGCUCUUCAGAGACAUGGGAGUAGAGAUCGAGACCACAACCCCCGGAGAUGGGAGGACUUUCCCCAAAAAAGGACAGACAUGUGUGGUGCAUUACGUUGGCUCUCUGACAGAUGGACGGAAGUUCGACUCUUCCCGUGACCGUGAGAAGCCAUUUAAGUUCAGGAUUGGUAAACAGGAAGUGAUCCGUGGCUGGGAGGAAGGUAUUGCACAGAUGAGUGUGGGCCAACGUGCAAAGCUGACCUGUUCACCUGAUUAUGCCUACGGUAAUAAAGGCCAUCCUGGGAUUAUUCCCCCAAAUGCGACCCUCAUCUUCGAUGUGGAGCUUCUCAGUCUGGAAUGAUUUAAUGCUCUUCACUGCCUUUUGUUAAUUUUUCAUGACUUUAUUAAUGUUUCAUGCGUCAACAUUUUUUGUCUUAACAUUAGAAUCCUGAUUAAAUCAAUUGUCUCUUUCUGUCCGGCCAUAUUAAUAUAAAAAUUGUUAGUCAUUCUUCUCAGAAUCAUCUUUAUUCAGCAUCCCACCCUACAGUUUUUGGCAAAUUAUGUAAAGAUCAGUGCUUUACUUUACCAGAGUUCUCCAAUAUUUCAUCUUUUGCUUUGGUCACAUUUUAUCAGAAUUUUUUUUUUUUUAUUAUUUUUCUAUCAUUUUACCAAAUUGAUACGACCUUUUAGACUAACCCUUUAGACUUCUCUUGUGACUUUUUCUUACACUGUGAUUGUUGUUGGCUGGAGAUCAAGUACAAUUUUGUUAAAGAAUCGGCGACCUUAUCCCUGAUUAGUACUCCAGAAAAAGAGAACAUAUAUUUAUCUUUAAAGAUGUUAUGUUUGGAAUAUAAAAAUGUGCAUAUUUAUUGCAUUGUUACAUUUUAGAUUGAAUAAAUUAAUACAUUACAUUUAAUACCUUUUAACAUUAACCAUUAUAUAAAGUUGGUAAUUUCCAAUUAGAAUUGUUGAGUUUGAACAAGUCUGCUGAUUUUAAUUAGUAGAAAGAAGCAAAUUUUUGAUUCAGUUCUUGUCCUGCCAGAAUAGCACUAGUUGUGUAUGUUUACAAAGUGACCAUAUCAACUGAAAAAGUGCUAUCAUAAUACCUGAAACCAAACUUUGUGGUUGACAUGGCUGCUUAAUAUAAAAUGAUCAAGUAUGAAGUGAUACCACUGCUAUUUCUGUCAUGUUGAUGUGCAAAUUUUUUUAUAUAUAGUUUUUGUAUAUUGUUUGUUCUGUUUUAUUAACAUGCAACUAUUUGGAAUUUUUUUAAAUGUGUUUAUUUUGUUCUGUUUCUGAUUAAGUUGUGUAGUUGAGUAGGAUUUUGCACCGCAGCACUGGAUGCAUGCAACUAUCAUUAAUACUGAUAUUUGUGUUGAGUUUAAGAAAUUUUAAGCAUGUUAACUGCCUCAAAAUCACCAGAAAAUAUUUAAGUUUAACACGUUGCCAUGGCAACAAUAUUUUAGCUAUCGACAUUCCGUCAACAGUAUUAUAUAUUAAAGUAUUACAACAUG